AUGUCCAUCCCGGCCUCGAAACCGAAGCUGCCCGUGGUCGUCGAGAAGCCCACGCCGUACACCUUUGACCUAGGCUACCUGAUGGCCGAGGACCCCAACAGCAUCACGCUCGACCGCGCCGCGCUCGAGCAGUCCCUCGCCGACGUGGCCCGCGACGGCGCGCAGUCGCUCAUCAACCAGCUCCUCAGCACCUGCGCCCUCAGCUCGACCAAGGAGGGCGUGCUGCUGUCGCUGCCCGCGCCCUCGACGCGGCUGCCCCGCGAGAAGCCCGUGCCCGCCGCCAAGCCGCCGACCAAGUGGGAGCGCUUCGCCGCGAAAAAGGGCAUCACGCCCAAGACGCGCGAGCAGCGCCGCAACCUCGUCUACGACGAGGCCACCGGCGAGUGGACGCGCAAGUGGGGUUACAAGGCCGCCAACAAAAAGGGCGAGAACGAGUGGCUCGUCGAGGUCGACCCCGAGGCCGAGGCCCAGCGCAAGGAGGGCACCAGCAUCCGCGGCGACGGCCGCCGCGAGCGCAAGGAGAGGGUCCGCCGCAACGAACGCAAGAUGCGCAAGAACCAGCGCGACGCCGCCGAGGACGCCAAACUCAAGAAGUAG